AUGUGACAGAUCGUUCUCGUUCCUUUUUCUUUUUUCUUUGGUAUUUCGCAAGUUGUACAGAGUAGAAGGGAGAUAUAUUCCUGGAACGAUAUUUUUAUAAAUAAAGUGUUUUAAAUUAUUUUUAAAAAAAUGACCAUGACUGACAACGAUGAAGCUGGGAAACUAUUUGUUGGAGGUCUAAGCUGGGAGACAACUAAAGAAACUUUACAGACUUAUUUUAGUAAAUUUGGAGAGGUAGUUGAUAGUGUUGUAAUGAAAAAUAAUGAAACUGGACGAUCCAGAGGAUUUGGUUUUGUAACUUUUAAAGAUCCAAGUUGUGUAUCAAUUGUACUUCAGACUAAACCCCAUGAAUUAAAUGGUCGCACUGUUGAUGCUAAAGAGUGUACCCCACGAAGCAUGCAAAAGAAUAAGAAGGGACCAAAUCCAGGUAAAGUGUUCUUAGGAGGCCUUCCCCCUGAUAUCACAGAAACUGAUAUUCGAUCUGCCAUGGCUCGGUAUGGUAAGGUGACUCAAGUAUCUAUUAUGUGUGAUCAAGAAACAAAGAAAUGUAGAGGCUUUGGAUUUUUAUCUUUUGAUUCUGAAGACAGCAUUGACAAGGCAUGUGCAGAGCGCUUUGUGAUCAUCAACGGGAAGCAGGUGGAAUGCAAGAGAGCUGAACCAAGAGAUAAUUCAAGACGCAAUCAACAGUUUGGUGGGAGCUCUCCAAACGGUGGUCCUCCAGGUUCUUAUGGAGGUGGUCCUGGUUAUCAAGGAGGAAAUUGGAAUCAACCUUUUGGAAUGCAAGGAGGCAAUGCAUAUGGGAAUUAUCAGCCUUAUGGAGCUCCUGCUGCUACCCCUUAUGGACAGAGCCCAGUGCCAUAUAAUGCCGCUCCAAACCCGCAAUACCAACAACAACAGCAACCUUACGGGAAUUAUGGUGGAAUGGGUUAUGGAUAUCCACAAGCAGCUGCACCUGCUGGCAAUAACUGGAAUGCAGCUCCCACUCCUGGAGCUGCAGCAGGCUAUGGUCAACAACCUGCUGCUCCUAAUUAUUCAUCUCCUGGUUAUCCUCAAGCUUCUGGCAUGAGUAAUGAAGAUAAACCUGGAGCUUCAGGAUCUUAUGGAGCAUCUAAUGCCUAUCAGGGUAAUUCAUCGUAUGGACCCUCAAAAUCAUAUGGAGGAGGUGGAGGCUAUCAGAAACAAAAUAAUGGAAAUGGUGGGGGUGGUUACAAUAAUCAGAACAGUGCUGGCAGAGGUCAAGGUUAUCAUCCUUAUAGACGUUAAAGUUUGUUCAUCAAAAGCAUGUAUUAAAACAUCAUAUAUUAUUUCAUGAGAACUUUAUUGAUUUUUACAUACUUGUUGUACUUCAUUAAAUAAAAAAAACAAAAGUUA